CAAAUGUAUCAGGGACAAGGGCAACCACAAAAUCAGGGCGCAAUGGACCAGGGUCGAAACUUCCCGAUGCUUCCACCACAAUUUGCAAACUUAACUCCUCAACAACUUCAACAACUUCGGACUCAACCACAAUUCCAAACAAUUAUGAGAAAUUAUCUUCAGAAACAACAGCAGCAGAUGCAACAACAACAGCAACAGCAGCAGCAGAUUCAACCUCCACUCUCGCAACAUCCACAACGUCAAAAUUCUCAGCAGCCGCAGCUUCAACAACACCAACAUCAACAACUUCCACAACACCACCAGCAACAACUUCCGCAGCAUCAACACCAUCAACUGCAGCAAGUUCAGCAGCAUCAACAACCGAUGGGUGGAAUGUAUGCUAACCAGAACCCAAUGAUGCAACAUAUGAACUCCCAAGGGGCAGCUCAACUGCCAAUGCAACAGCAACAACAAGUCCCGGGUAUGCAACAGGUACGGGGUAGUCAACUGCAGGGAUUGACUGAUGCUCAAGCGCUUCAAGCCCAACAGCAACAGCAACUCUUCCAACAACAAUUGGCACAUGGGGUGAAUAGUUCCAUGAGACCCUUUGCGCAGAGACAAUCACAACAACAUCAACAACAGGGACCACAAUCGCACCAACAUGCCCAACAACAUGCUGCUCAGCAACAACAACUUCUUCAACAACAAGCACAGCAAAUUGCACAACAACAAACUCAGCAACAAAUUCAACAACAAGCACAACUUCAAGCACAACAACUUUCAGGUCAACGUGUACAACAAGCUCCUGCACAACAGCAGCAUCUCCCUCUACAUGGAGCUCCCAAUCAAUAUGUUCAAAGGAUUCCUCAAGGAGUUGCAAUUCCUCCAGGUCCACAGAAUGCAAUGUACAAUAAUUUACCUACUCAUACUGCUCAAAGUAUUAAUUCUGGGCAGGUAACUGAGCCAGAUGUGACUGAAGCAAUUCCUCAAAAGGAACUCACUUCUUUGCAUGAAUGGUCUGAAAAGUUAAAGCUGGAAGGUAAAGAGGUCCCUACUGAUGUCUUGGUGUAUGAAUCUAUUAUUGAAAAGGAUAGUAAAUUUCUCAACAAGAUGACAAAGCAAAUUCAUGGUGGGAAGAAGUUACUUGAUGGUUUAGUACAAGAUAUCAAGACCUAUACUGAGAUCAAACAAUUGCGGAUGAAUGCCAUUGCGUUGUCACACAAGGGCCAUUUCAACAAUAGUAUCUGGGGAGAAGGAUAUCAAGGUUAUGGAAAUGGUAUCAGUAACACCUAUACACGUUUGAUUUUACCUAAGGAUACCGAAAGAAUUUCUAGAAGAGCUGAUAUUCAAUUGACAGAUCAUGUUGUGAAUGAAAAGGUAAAAGAAUCAUCAAAGUCGGGGAAAUAUGAGCUUGUUCCAAUUAGAUUGGAAUUUGAUAAUGAAAGAGAUAGAUUCAAACUUAGAGAUACAUUCCUUUGGAAUUUGAAUGAAUCUGUAUUACCAUUGGAUAAAUUUGUUACGCUGUUGUUAGAAGAUUACAAGUUUAUACCUCCAUCAUGCCAUGAUGCCAUUUUGAGUACCAUCAAGGAGCAACUUCGUGAUUAUAGAGAAAGACCAGCUUCAUCUAUGGGAGAAUUGAGAGUUCCACUUAAAAUUGAUAUCACAAUUAACAAUACUCAAUUAGUCGAUCAAUUUGAAUGGGAUAUACUUAAUUUUGAAGAAAAUGACCCUGAAGACUUUGCUACAACCAUUGCAGAUGAAAUGAAAUUACCAGGGGAAUUUACCACUGCUAUUGCCCAUAGUAUUAGAGAACAAGUGCAAUUAUUCCACAAGGCAUUGAAUUUGAUUGGGUACAGUUUUGAUGGAUCUGUUGUUCAUGAAGAUGAUAUUAGAACUCAUAUUCUUCCACCAUUAAGGGUAACAGCACCAGGACUUUCAAAUAAAUUGACUGAUAACUUUUAUUCGAUUUUGAGAAAUCCACAGACAGUGGCUGAUAAUACACCUACAUUAAUUAAAUUAACUCAGCUUGAACUUGAUAGACUUGACAAAGAAAUGGAGAGAGAAUCACGUCGUAAGAGAAGACAUAAUAUUGCCGAAGAUGUGGGAGGUGGUGGAUCUGGCUCUGGUGGCCGUUCUGGAACCCUGUCUAGAAGAGCAGCUGCCUUACAUGGUCAUGGAGGAAGAGGUGGAGCUUCAGUUUUACCAGAUUUAUCUGAAAUUCCAAAGACUUUUAGAACUCCUGCACCUACCAGUAUACUUCCUGGUGGAGUAGACUUAAGUGUUCCUGACAUCUAUACAUACAAUGAGAUUGCUGUACAAAGAACCCUGAUCAAGAACCCUGACUACCAGCCACCCGUGAACAACGACAGAAGAAAUAACCGAGUCAGAUACAACCAUGACCCUGUUACUGGCCAGUUCUUAGUGACUAUCAAACUCUAA